CAGGCCGGAGGGGCUGCGCGCCGCGGCGGUGGGACAGCCUGGAGCGCCCGGCAGCUGCGGGCCGGGGACCCUGGACCCCUCCCCAAGCCGAGAAGGAGGAAGGAAGGAGCCACGUCCCCCUCCCGAGGAUGACACUAAACACCCAGCAAGAAGCAAAGACGCCCCUGCGACGGCGAGCCAGCACCCCGCUGCCCCUGGCCUCCCGGGGCCGCCAGCCUGGCCUGUGCGCGGCGCCUUCCGCUUCCACACAAUCCCGGCACCCACGGCUGGGCCAGUCGGCCUCCCUCAACCCUCCCCGCCAGCAACCUGCACCUGCCCCCGACGGCUGGUCCUCUGAAUCCAGCGACUCUGAAGGCUCCUGGGAGGCCCUCUACCGCGUGGUGCUGCUGGGAGACCCCGGCGUGGGGAAGACCAGCCUGGCCAGCCUCUUCGCGGGGAGGCCGGAGCGGGAGCUCCACGAACAGCUGGGAGAAGACGUGUACGAGAGGACCCUCACAGUGGAUGGAGAAGACACCACACUGCUGGUCAUGGACACCUGGGAGGCUGAGAAACUGGAUGAAAGCUGGAGCCAGGAGUCCUGCCUGCAGGUGGGCAGUGCCUACGUCAUCGUGUACUCCAUCGCAGACAGAGGCAGCUUCGAGAGCGCCUCUGAGCUCCGCAUUCAGCUAAGGCGCACACAUCAGGCGGACCAUGUGCCCAUCAUCCUGGUGGGCAACAAGGCGGACCUGGCACGCUGCCGGGAAGUCUCCGUGGAAGAGGGACGCGCCUGCGCUGUCGUGUUCGACUGCAAGUUCAUCGAGACCUCAGCCACCCUGCAGCACAACGUGGCCGAGCUCUUCGAGGGCGUGGUGCGCCAGCUGCGCCUGCGCCGCCAGGACGGCAGCACCCGGGACUCCCCCGCGCCUCGACGGCGGGCGAGCUUCGGCCAGCGAGCUCGGCGCUUCUUGGCGCGCCUGACAGCCCGCAGCGCCCGCCGCCGGGCCCUCAAGGCCCGCUCCAAGUCCUGCCACAACCUGGCCGUGCUCUGAGGCCGCCCGCCCGCCCAGGGUGGUGAACACUGGGGUGCACGACGCUCUGCCGACGCCACCGAGGGGGCCACCGCGGGGCCACGGCGCAGUGACCUGGAGGGCGCGUCGUGGGUCCUCCCUGCCCGCGGCCCUGCGGGCCAGAGCAUCUCCCGGAGCCACAGCUUCAGGGGCCCCUCCGCCACCGGAAGCGAUGUACAGACUAUGGGGCCCGAAGCCCAAGCUCGGCACACAGUAGGGGAUUUUCUUUUUUUUUUUACACGAUUUGUGUCUUUUUGUAAAAAACAAAACCUUUAUCCUCGGGCUCUGGCCAACCCUCAGAAACACUACCCCCAUCUUCCCACCCCCCCAAAAAACACCACAGACUACAAGGAUGUCCCGUCUGAAUGCCCAGACGUCUUUGGGGUUCAUCCGGGCAUCUCCACCUCCUGCUCUCCCAUCUACACUGGCUACAGACGGGGUUACCUGCUGACCUGUGUCAGGGUCAGUCAAUAAAGUCAU